AGACCACAGAAACUUGGGAUGUUGUUGGUUAGCCCGGAAUUGCGCAUGCGCUCUGAUCGCUCUGAACUCGUCGCUCCUAUGAGCUGUGUGUGUGUAGCGUGUAGUCCACAUGACCCGCACAAGUCUGAACUAACACGUGUGCACGUUAUAUAUAGGGUAAUGCUAGAAUACAGAGUGGAAAACAGUAUAAAAAAAAAAGGUAUUACCUAUGAGUCGUUGAUUUAUAACUGUAGCCUAUAUCUUGUAAAGACCACAUUAGUGGGCAUGUUGAAUUGAUUUGGAAAUUUCAUUAAAAAGGGGUUGUUAGUCACUUUAUAAGAAAAUUCUUAUCUUCUCAUUAGAUUCUCAGAAGCACUAAAUACUUUUGUACCUUCAGUGUUUCUUUUACCUAAAAAGCAGUAUAUAGUGUACCUGUAAAGUUCUGUCAGAAUGUACCUUAAAUCUUUUAAAAGGUAUACUAUAACCAUAUUUACAGGUGAACAGUACAUAUUAAGAGUACAGAAGAUAAAGGUACCACUGUAGCAACACUGAAAGGUGCACUUUUUUGUGGAGAGUGUAAAUCUUGCUGCACAAAACGAGGUCUGCUGUAACACAGCUCUUUGUCGUGGUCUAAUGCUGGUUUAACUGGCAAAGGCACACAGUUAUGCUGGUGCCCCAGUUAGAUGGUGGCACAGUGUUUAAGGCUAUUAAUCAAAAGGGUAUGAGUUCAAAUUCCAGCACCACUAAAUUACCACAGUCGGGUCACUGAGCAAGAUUCUUAGUUCUCAUCUGCUUAGUUGUAUCCUGUCUCAAUCGUAAAUCACUUUAGAUUAAAGCUCCAGCAAAAUGGAGAUGUAUAGAAAUAAAACAAUUCCAUGGAAAUAUUGAUGGGUUUCUGAGAGUGGAGUAUUAAAGGCUUUUAUUGAUUCACAUUGCACUACAUAUAGCUAACAAAUAUUUGUUCAAUCACAGCCACUGCUUAAAUCUUUUGUGUGCAGAACCCUUUACUCUUAUCAGGGUAAAUUUAAUUUUUACAAUAUAUUUGUUACAGUUGUUCAAAUUAAAAUCUAAAAGUUCUUACCUGUUUUCCAGGUUAAGGAUAAUAAACACACUUUGUUGGUGACCUGCCAAUCCUGUGUUCUCCCAGCUAAGAGUACAUGUGGUGUGUGGAGUUGCUGUUAAAAAAAAAUGCUGCUUGCCUGGUAGGAGGUUACAGCUGUGUGGACUAUUUGGCAUUCCAAAUGGCAGAAGCUGGAGUCUGUGUGCUGCUCUUAUUUUGCUCCCUGUUCUCAGGACUGGUGUAUUACAUAAACUUCUUUUUUGAAAAUGGAGACAAGAUCAAGAUGAAAGAAAGGCCAAAUUUUAUUAUUAUCCUGGCUGAUGAUAUUGGUUGGGGAGACCUCUGGACAAAUGAGUUUGACAAUACUACCCCCUGGCUGAAUAUGUUAAAGGUGGAAGGCAAAAGGUUUACAGACUUCCACUCUCCUGCUUCCACAUGUUCCCCUUCACGUGCUGCACUGCUGACUGGUAGACACGGCUUACGCAAUGGAGUCACUCACAAUUUUGCAAAGGGGUCUAUUGGAGGACUGCCACUUAAUGAGACGACAUUUGCUCAGCUCCUACAUGAUGCUGGCUAUUACACUGCCAUGAUUGGAAAAUGGCAUCUUGGACACAGUGGACCCUACCAUCCAAUUCACAGAGGUUUUGAAUAUUAUCUUGGUAUUCCAUAUAGUAAUGACAUGGGCUGCACUGAUAAGCCUGGUUUCGACCUGCCCAGCUGUCUCCCAUGUGCGCAAAGUAAACACAGUAGCAGGAAAGAUGGAGGAUGUGACACUAAAAUAGCAUUACCUCUUUUCGAAAAUCAGAGUAUAGUUGAACAACCGUUGGAUCUUUGGGAUCUCACAGAAAAAUAUGCUAAAGCAGUAGCUACACAGAUAUUGACUGCAAGGAAUAGGGGGCAGCCUUUCCUGCUGUAUGUGGCUCUGGCCCAUAUGCAUGUUCCUCUGUUCCAUAAUCGCUUCCUGAAUGUGACUGCAAAGGAAGCUUAUUCAGCCAGUCUUCGUGAUAUGGACAGUAUGGUGGGGAGUAUAAAACUUGCAGCUGAGGCCUUUAGUAUGAAGAACACACUUAUAUGGUUUACUGGUGAUAAUGGUCCAUGGGAGCAAAAAUGUGAGUUUGCUGGGAGUGCUGGGCCUUUUCUAGGGAAGUGGCAGACCAGCAAAGGUGGAGGCUCAGCCAAGAGGACCACCUGGGAAGGGGGCCAUCGAGUUCCAUCAGUGGUCAUCUGGCCAGGGCACAUAUCACCCAACACCACCAGCAAUGCCCUGCUGAGUGGUAUGGAUAUCUUUUCAACAAUCCUCUCCUUAGCCGGUGUGGACCCUCCUUCAGACCGUCAUUAUGAUGGCAUUGAUGUAACACACAUCCUGCUCCAUGGAUCUGAUACAGGACAUAAGAGUCUCAUGCAUCCAAACAGUGGGGCAGCAGGGCAGUUUGGAGAUUUACAGACUGUCAGACUGGGACAUUACAAAGCUUUUUACAUUACAGGUGGUGCAGAAGCCUGUGGUGGAGGAAGUGGAAAGCAGGAGCUUCAUGAUCCCCCUUUGAUUUUUAACCUGAACAAGGAUGAAGCAGAAGGGUCACCUCUGGACCCGGCCAGUGAGGAGUAUCAACUUGUCUUCAAGGAAGUGGAGAGAGAGCGUGAGGUGCUGCUAUGGGAUAUUGCAACAGACAAUGUAUCUACUGCAGAUUACACUGUAUCCCAGAGUGCAGUCCCCUGCUGUCAACCACAGAACCCUGCCUGUAGAUGCCAUAGUCCACACUAAACUCUUUGACUUUAUACACAGUUGUUUUUAAGCAUAAACUACAUGUUGUGUACAGAAGGGAAGGAAGAGCACAAAGUCAAGAAGUCACAUGCAGAUAGUUUCAAUGUUCCUAAAAGAAUUUACAGCUAGGUAGACUGUAAGUGAGGUGUAGUGUUAGCAUUGCCACCCCAUAGCUCCAGCGUUCCUGGUUCAAUCCUGAACGCAGGUUACUUUUUACUUUCCCUGGGUUCACUUGGGUUUCCUCUGAGUUCUGUGAUGUCUUCCCACUGUCCAAAACAUGUAGGUAGGUGGAUAGGCAUGUGAAUGUUUGUGGUGCCGUACAAUGGAUUGACAUCCUAUCUGGUGUGAAUUCUCCCACCUUGCUCCCAGUGUUCCUUGGACAUGCUCUGGACCACGACUUUGACCAAGAUAAAAACAAGAUUAUUUCAGAAGAAUGAAUGAAUGAAAGAUUAAGAUAAAUGUUUUAUUAUGCUGCAUUGCAAUAUAAUCUAAUCCCCCAA